CGCGCGCACGAGUUCAGAAAAAUCUAGGAAGUAACGAUUAGCCGAACUUUUCGACCGGGACAACGAGGAGCGGACGUUACUCGUCCACAUCUGACACGAACUGUGCUUUAACAGAACAGCACCUGCGCCGAAUUCACGGGAAAUAAGUUUGGAAUCAUUUAAAAAGCGGCGAACGCGCAGUUCCUUGGUUCACCUUUCUUUCUUUCUUUUCUUUUUUUUGGGAAGCUCAGGUGAAGGAAGUUUUUUUUUUUUUUUUCCCCCCCCCCUGACGUGUGAGUGGAGUUCGUUAGCGCCGACUGGAAGUGAAGGGAUCCCUCUGUCUUUGUACCUGUCGGGACCUUUUCGUCCUUUAGAGAUGGAAUGAGUGGUUUGUGGAUGCUGGCAGAGGGUCGGCACCGUGAGUGAUGCUGAAGCCUGCCUCCGCGUAUCAGGAUGAGCACUAUGGACGGAGCCGGGGCCCCUGAGCGGGAUGGAAGGACCCGAGUUGUGCAGAUCUAUCCCAGGGUGUCCCAGGACACGGCCACCUACUGCCCGCUGCAGGUGAGCGUCGGGGACACGGCGAGGUCGGUCAUCCACAAUGCCGUGGCCUCCCUCGGGCUGGACUCCAGCCAGAGGUACGCGCUGCUGGAGGUCAGGAAGAGCGACGGGGAGGAGGGGAUGCUGGAGGCCGGUGACCGCCUCCUGGAGCGAGUCCUGCUGUGGCCCCCCGAGGCACAGAGGUGGCACCUGCAGGGCGAGGGGUACUACUUCAUCCUGCAGCAGCAGCAGCCGCAAGCUAACCUUGGGGGCAACCAAGUGAGCAACACAGAGGACUACGAUGACCUCUGCAACCUUCAAACUGUGACUGAGGAGAGCGUUCUGGAGGCUUUACGCCAGCGCUUCUACAGGUUCAAAAUCUACACCUACGCGAGCAACAUCCUCAUCGCCAUCAAUCCCAAUAAGUUCCUGCCUGUGUACUACAACCCCAAGUACGUCAAGAUGUACGAGAACCAGCCACUGGGAAAACUAAGCCCUCACAUAUUCGCAAUAGCCGACGUGGCCUUCCGCACCAUGCUCAGUAGGCAGGUCAACCAGUGUAUCGUUUUAUCCGGUGAAAGUGGCUCGGGGAAGACUGAAAGCAGCAGUUAUCUCAUCCACUGCCUGACCGCGCUCAGCCAGAAGACGUUCUCCACUGGGCUGGAACGGACCAUCCUCGGGGCGGGACCGGUGCUAGAGGCCUUUGGCAACGCCAUGACUGCAGAGAAUAACAACUCCAGUCGCUUUGGGAAGUUCAUCCAGCUCAACUACCUGGAGAGCGGUGUCAUCAGAGGGGCAGUUAUUGAGAAGUACCUACUUGAAAAGUGCCGCCUGGUGUCCAGAGACAAGAGAGAGAGAAACUACCACGUGUUCUACUAUCUGCUGGUGGGAGCGUCCAAAGACGAGCAGAAGGAGUUUCAUCUAUUAACGCCACAAGAUUAUCUCUACCUCAAGCAGCAAGACCUCCACUUAGAGGAUGAGGAGAAACUUGGGCAGGAGUACAAAAGGCUCCACCAAGCUAUGGAAAUGGUUGGCUUCCUGGCCUCCACCAAGAAACGCAUAUUUUCCAUCCUCUCUGCCAUCCUCCACCUGGGCAAUGUGACGUACUCCGUGUCAGAGGACACUCAGGUCCUGGAGGUCGGACCUGCCGAAGUCUUGUCUACACUCUCUGACCUGCUCAAGGUGAAAAAAGAGCUGUUGGUGAAGGUUUUGACCAAGAGGCGAGUAGUGACUGCCAACGCCACCAUAGAUUCACAGUACACACUACAACAGGCCCCCAAAGUGCGGGACUCCAUGGCCAAGUCUUUAUACAGUGCUCUGUUUGACUGGAUCAUCCUUCACAUCAACCACGCAAUGCUCAAUAGACGAGACAUGGAGGAGUCAGUCUCCUGUUUGUCCAUCGGUGUGUUGGACAUAUUCGGAUUCGAGAACCUCCAGUCAAACGGUUUUGAGCAGCUCUGCAUCAACUUUGCCAAUGAGAAGCUGCAGUAUUACAUCAACCAGAACAUCUUCAAGCUUGAGCAAGAAGAUUAUGUGUCAGAGGGCAUCGCUUGGCAAAACAUUGAGUACAAUGACAACGGCGGCUGCAUUCAGCUGAUCAGUAAGAACUCCACUGGACUCUUUGACCUUCUGGACAACGACGGCAACCUCCCUGAGGCCACAGAUGAAACCCUGUUGGACCAGCUGAAACUGCAGCAUCAGGACAACCCGCUCUUUGUACCCUCUCCACAUACAAAGCCGUCUUUUGCAAUCCGACACUUUGCUGGGAGUGUUGAAUAUCACAUCGAGGACUUCAGAGAGAAAAACACGGAGCACAUGCGUCCUGAAGUCGUGUCUCUACUACGGAGUAGUGAGCGGGCGUUCGUGCAUCACCUGGUUGCAUCCAGCCCCGAGGCGCUGUUCAGAUGGGGCGUCCUCCGAGCCACCAUUCGCAUCCUCACUGUAUUCAAAAACAUGGGACGCCAGCGGGCUGAGUCAGGCGCUGCCAGACGAACCUCCCGCAAAUCCCUCCAAGAAAUAAAACAGCGCAGAAGUGCUAUGGACCGACUAUCCAGCAACAGCAUCACUCUGGAUUUCUCCUUCGAUCGCUCUGAUGAACAUCCUCUUGAUGUAUUUGAAGAUAUCUUCGCCAGUUAUGAAAACAGGAAGAAGAGUAGAGGAGGUCGACAGAAGCAGCUCAUUCCGAAGCAACUAAUGGAUUUACGCUCGCUCCAACAUAUUGUCGGUCUCACUGCGCACGACCGAACCAGCAAAUCCAUCUUCCACCCUCACCAGAGAGCGAAGCCGCCUACAGUCAGUGCACAGUUUCAGGCCUCGCUCAGAAAGCUGAUGGAGACGAUUGAAAAAGCUGAGCCUUUCUUCAUUUUCUGUGUUCGCGCCAAUGCUGACAAGAGGGAGAUGCAUUUUGAUGAUGAACUUGUGCUACGGCAAAUCCGGUGCACAGACAUGCUGCAGAUGGUUCACAUCCAGAAGUCUGGCUACAGAGCCAAAUACACAUUCAUGGAAUUUGUUUACAAGUUCCGGAUGUUAUUCCCAAAAGGAGCGACUGCAACUCCUGAACACAUAACUGAAUUGUGUGAGAGGAUGGAGCUGGAUAACUCCACCUACCAAAUAGGAAAAAACAAGGUUUUCCUCAAGGAAAAGGAGAGGCAGCUGCUCCAAGACACUCAUAACAAAGAAGUGAUGCGUCGCAUCAUCAUACUGCAGCGCUGGUUCCGUGCUUGUCUGCUAAGAUUGCACUUUCAACAAAGAAAAGAUGCCACAGUCACCAUACAGAGGAGCUGGCGUGAGUUUUAUGAGAAUCAAAACCGAGCUGCGACAGUGAUCCAGUCAGCUUGGAGGAGUUCCCUGAAGAAGUCAAAGCAGCGUGAGAAGGAGGAUGAGAAUGUGUCCAAAGCUCGUCUUGGAAGGGACAGCAUGACAAGAAAAGAGUUAAAGAGGCAGCAAAAAAUGGAGCUCAGCCCCAACAGGACCCAGCUGCUUGACCCAGUCAACGGCCAGUCUGCACAGGGGGACCAGAGCAGGGAGAAACCAGAGGGCAGAGGAUCUCCGCCGCCUCUCAACAGACCCUUCUCCUUCCCUCUGGACACCAACGUUGCAAGUGAAGAUCGGUCGCCCAGCCCCUCCAAGAGCAGCUCGCUUCAGCGCUACAAAGACAUGGAGGGGAUUAAGGAGAAGGCUGAGAAGUGGAGGGAAAGACUGAGUGAGGGCGAACCAACAGAUGACUCCAGUCCAGAAAUACACCGAAGAAAUGACAAAAGGAAAGAUGAGUUUCACCGCAAAGGGAAAUCCAUGUCUGCAGAUGAACUGUCAAGGAUCAGCUCAUCAGGCUCUGAUAGCUCACCUUCCACCAAUAAGGUCAGGGUGCACCUCCGCAAGCAGCCCAAACGCAAGCGGCGCUUAGCCUUUGCCCGCAGCGGUUUGAUGAUUAACUUUGGGGGCUCCAAGGAGAGCGAGUACUGGAGCUUUCCGCUGCCUCCCAUCAGCCCCCAUGUGCCCAAAUUGAAGAGCUCGGCCAGUAGUGCGGACGUCCGGGUCCAGCUACAGGAAGAACCCGAUGGGUCGAGGUUCUGCCUUCCGCCCAGGACCACCACUGAGGGACAACACGGGUCCAACCAAUCACAACUCACAACUCCUGACAGGAUUUGGUUUCUCAGCAGAUUCCUCAGGAGACGGGUCCCUAAAUAUUCCCCGACCAAUGACUCUCCAACAGAUAAAUACGCCACAGUCACCUUGCCUAGCUACACUCCACAUCCCUACCACGUGCCAAGUCAGAACAGUGGGCGGGUCAAUCGAAACCCCACCAUUCGAAUCAGCCGGGCCACCCGGGUGAGCGAGUGGAACACGUCUCUGGACCGAGAGAUCACUGACCCCAAGGAGCUACGGAACCUGGACGAGUUCCUCGGGAACCAGGUGAACGACCUGCGAACAAGAAUAAAAGAGCUGUCGCCAACUGAGAGCAUCUUCCUCACAGCCACCAAGCAGUUCAGAGAGACCAUCAAAGGAAUGUACUCCGUCGAGAAGCCCAAGAUCGCCUACAAAGAUCUGAUGAAAGGCUAUCACAACAAAGUGAACUCACUAGCAGAACCCAAGGAGAAGGCAGAGGUCUCACUGGUGGUCAACCUGUUCCAGUCUGUGCUGGACGGCUUCAUCAGGAGAGAGAUAAAACGAGUGGAGUCUGAACCGUCAAAGGCUGCGAAGAUGACCAAGAAGAGGAGGAAAAAGGACAAAUGCUUGGAUAGUCCUCUGGAUCACCUGUUCAGCACCUACCAGGUGAAUAUCAUGCAGUCAUGUGACUUGUGUGGCUCCUACAUCUGGGGGAUGGAGAAAGCCUACAUGUGCAGUGCCUGCAAGUUAAUAUGUCAUAAGAAAUGCCUGAACAACAUCAUCACAGAUUGCUCAACACGGUGCGCCAAGCAGGAUGACAAUUUACCAGGCUCCCUUCACUUCGGGGUGCAGGUGUGUGUCCUCACCAGCAAAGCCAACCCCGUGCCCAAGGUGGUGGAGAUGUUGCUGCUGUAUGUGGAGAUAAACGGCCUCUACACAGAGGGCAUUUACCGCAAGUCGGGUUCAGCCUGUCGAGCGAGGGAGCUUCACCAGAUUCUGGAAACAAAUCCCGAGGCGGCAUGUUUAGAGAAUUACCCCAUCCAUACCAUCACAGGUCUGAUUAAACGAUGGCUCAGAGAGCUGCCUGUCCCCCUCAUGACCUUUUCACUCUACAGUGACUUUCUGCAUGCUGCUGAGCUGCCUGAGAAAGCUGACAGAAUAAGGGCUGUAUACCAAAAGGUUGAUGAACUUCCUCCUGCUAAUUACAACACAUUAGAGCGGCUGAUCUUUCACCUUGUCAGGGUUGCUAAGGAAGAAGAGCACAAUAAAAUGACGCCAAGCUCUCUCGCCAUCGUGUUUGCCCCCUGCAUCCUGCGCUCUCCUGAUUUGGAUGACCCCUUCCUUGGUAUGAAGGAUGUGGGCAAGACUACACAGUGCGUGGAGACGCUGAUCUCGGAGCAGUUCAGACGCUACACGGAGAAGUUGCAGAAUAUCCAGCAGCUGGAAUAUGCAGAGGCCCUGGCUGUCAAUCAGCUCAAACUGAGGAGGCAAAACACUGUUGUUGAAAAGCCUUCAGACCUCAAUGUUCCAGAGAAAAUAGAUGGCGACGAAACCGAGAAGACUCUCAUGGAACGGAUCAAGUCCAUCAAGCAAGAAAAGGUGGACUUGGCCUGCAGGUUACCUGACCUGGAGCAGGAGAACUCUGACAAUGAUAACCUGGACUCGUCAUCAUCGAUGAGCACAGAGAGCCUGGAAGACCGUCUGAGGAGCCUUGAAUCGGAAGGAAAGGUGACCAUGCGAUUGAAAACCAAGAAACCCGAAUGCCCGCUGAAACCUCCUGACCUGGCAGAGAGAAUCAGGAGUCUGAUGGCUCAGACAAACGAUGAAGGGAGAGCGUUCACAUCAGGACAAAGGGCAGGUGUUACUCAAUCCAUGUGCUUCCUGCCCUGCCAAGAAGACACCUCCUCAACCGACAAGCCCCAGGUCACCAGCAACACUUUAAGCAGGAGCUUUGACGACCUGGACAUCCCUUACAUAGAUGAAGAUGAGGAUCUAACUUGAGCACGACACCACAAGUUGAAAUAGUUUCAAUAUUCUCAAGUAUGUGUAAAUAGAAGAUGUGUUAUGGCAAAAAAUAACUGCACUUUGUUUAAUAGACUUUUCCAUUUGUCAGUGCUGCUAUGGAAACAAAGUGCUUUGAGAAUUUAUAUCUAUUUAAAAGGAGAAAUCAUACAGACACUUCCUUCAGGGUUUCUAUCACAGAUCUGAAGAAGAACCAUCAGCAGGGACCACUCACACUGUAUAUAUGUGUAUUACUGUAUGUGAUGUUAAACAUAUUUCAGAACUGUACAGUUCACAUUUUAGAAAAGGUACAGACGAUUUCUGUGAAGCCGUUGUCUUACCUUGAGAGAAGAAUGGUGCAACAAGAUGAGGAGCAAUUCCUGAUACAAGUACCUCCUUUUCUAAUGGGCCAUAUUCUGAGAUGGUACUAAAAGGAGAGCAUGUGAUUUGUGAAAAGAAAAUAAUAAGUUUCUAACGUUGUACAUAGAGUGAUUCUCAAUUGUGAAGACUGUGACAUUGCAUUUUGGGCUCUUGCUGAAUUGAUUGAAACGAUCAGUUGUGCUUUUUUUUUGCUUUUCUUUAUACAGACUGCAAUGAGUGAUUUCUGAUUCAAUCCCUACAAAGGAAAUUGUCAUAAUGCUGCCUUUCUAGACUGACUGAAAAUGUAACUGCGAUUUUUCUUGUCUCCGCAAGGCUGUGCAGUUUUUACCAAGUAACCUUUUUUUUUAAAAUAUGCAUGCAAGUACAUUUUAUGGGGGUUAGGAAUUAUGUAUAUUGUGGUGGAUUUUGACUUUUGUUGCCAACAAAAAUUAACUGACCAAUUUCAACUGUCUUUUCAUGGGAUGAUAAUACUAAAAACACACUGUCUAUACUUUUGCAAAAA